AUGUCCCUGCUGCGCCUCUGGGCACCACGGCUUMUCCUCACGUGGCAACCAUUGUUGCUGCUGGUCCAGGCAGCUCAGCUUCUGGAGUCGACCCAGGACCCUCUCCAGCUGACCUCAGAGCCCCCAGGGCCUAUCAAGCCCUGGUCUCUGCACUCCUCUGAACUCCCACCCUUAUCGCCCCAUGCGCUUACACCCCUGGCAGACCAUGGAGGCUUUGAAGACCUGGGGUCCUCUGCUCGCUCCCAGAUGUUGGACUCGCCACAGAAGUUAACUGACAGUUUGCUUCCAUUCUUGCUCAGGGAUUCACCUGGAGAGCCGCCCCCAGAGGUAGAUGAGUUUGCUGUUCCACGUCAGGAUCUGCAUCAAGACAAACUAAUUCGGCAAGAGAGGCUCCCAGAAUUGGUUCCAAUGCUAGAUGGGGAUCAGAAUCAGGUCCUAGCUCUACCUUCUCUACUCAAAAGUAAGAUUCAUACUGUCAAUCUAGAUCAGUCUACAGAUCACCAGUCAUUUGAAGUACUUGUUCCACCUCUAGAUAGCCAGAGUUCAAAAGCAGCAAAGUUUAUUGUUUCACCACUGAAUCUGAAGAAGGAUGUAGCUCAGCAUCCGAGAUUUGCUAAAGUUGUUGGUGGAACUCCAAAGCAAUUUGCAAAACUUCAGCUUCAAAAAAACUUGCAGGAUGAUUAUGUAUAUCCAAGUACAGAUGUAGCUUAUUCUGGCAACCUACCUGCGGAAUCCCAGGAGAACUCAGAUGAGUCUCCAGAAACUCCUGACCAGGUUGAACCUUCUCUGGAGGCCCAAGAGACUCCUGAGGAGCUCCAGUCCUCUUCGUCCCAGCAAGAAGUUCCUGAGGACCAGGAGGCUCUAGGAGGUCAGGAUCAAGUUCAUUAUUAUAACUUGCCCAGUGUUACAGGUAGGCCUGCAGACGUGGAAAUUACCAUAACUUCGGAACCUACCAAGGAGGCCGAAUCUUCUCUAGCCCAGCAGGAGGCCCCAGUUCAGCCUCCAGAGUAUGCUGAGGAGGUAGAACCUUCUCUAACCCAGCAAGAGACCCCAGCUCAGCCUCCGGGCCCUCCUGUGGAGAAUGAACCUUCUCUCAGUGAGCAAGAGACCCCAACUCAGCCUUCUGAGUCUCCUGGGGAGGACCAGUCUUCUGAAAGCCAGCUGGAAGUACCAGUGCAACCUCUAGACUUGCCCAGUGUGACUGAAUUGAAUAAUGAGGUUGAAACUUCAGCGCAACAGGAGACCCUAGAUGAGUCCUCAGUGUCCCCUGAGCAGUUGGAACCUCAGCCAAGCCCCCCUCUAGAGGAGGAACAACCUCCAAUUGAUCAAGAGGUCCCCAGUCAGCUUGAAGAGCUGCCUGAGGAAUCUUUAUCAAGUCAGCAGGMGAGCUCAUCUCUGCCCUCAACGCCCCCCCCCCACUACGUGGAAAUCCCCAUAACUCCAGAGCCCAAUGUGGGGGUUGAACAACCUACAGCUCCUCCAAAGCCCCACUAUGUGGAACUCCCCAUAACUCCAGAGCCUAAUGUGGUGGUUGAACAUCCUACAGCUCCUCCAAAGCCCCAGGAUGUGGAAAUCACCAUAACUCCAGAGCCCAAUGUGGGGGUUGAACAACCUACAACUUUACCUCCAAAGCCCCAGGACGUGGAACUCACUAUAACUCCAGAGCCCAAUGUGGGGGUUGAAAAUCCUACAGCUUUUCCUCCAAAGCCCCACGACGUGGAACUCACCAUAACUCCAGAGCCCAAUCCCCACUACGUGGAACUCACCAUAACUCCAAAGCCCAAUGUGGGCGUUGUACAUCCUACAGCUUUUCCUCCAAAGCCCCACGACGUGGAAAUCACCAUAACUCCAGAGCCCAAUGUCAAGGUUGAACAUCCUACAGCUUUUCCUCCAAAGCCCCACGACGUGGAAAUCACCAUAACUCCAGAGCCCAAUGUCAAGGAAGAAAAUGUCACCAAGAACACUAAUAUAUGUGAGCUCUGUACCUGCCAAGAUGAGACACUGUUGUGUGUUGGUCUCGCCCCAAUGCAGAAACUCCACCGAGUGCCUGUGCUAGAGCCCUACAGCUACAAYGGCACCUUCACAGUCUUGAAUUUCCAAGGAAACGUUAUUUCUUACAUUGAAGAAAACAUAUGGAAAUCCUACCGUUGGGYAGAGAAACUAAUUCUCAGUGAAAAUUCCCUGACUGAAUUACACAAAGAUUCCUUUGAAGGCCUGCUAUCCCUCCAGUAUUUAGAUUUAUCCUGCAAUAAAAUACAAUCUAUCGAAAGACGUACAUUUGAACCACUACCUUUUUUGCAAUUUAUAAACCUUGGUUGCAAUUUACUCACAGAACUGGGCUUUGGAACAUUUCAGGCAUGGCAUGGACUGCAGUUUUUACACAAGUUAAUUCUCAGUCGUAAUCCUCUGACAACUGUUGAAGAUUCAUAUCUUUUUAAAUUGCCAGCAUUAAAAUAUCUAGACAUGGGAACAACUCAAGUAUCGCUUUCGACAAUUGAGAAUAUCCUCCUGAUGACUCUUGAAUUGGAAAAACUGAUCUUACCUAGCCAUUUGGCCUGCUGCCUCUGCCAGUUUAAAAAUAAUAUUGAAGUUGUCUGCAAGACAGUGAAGCUGCGAUGUGACAGUGCAUGUCGGACAAACAAUACACGUUGCCUUCAAGAUGCAUCUGUAGGGAAUGCAGAAGGAUCAUUCAUGAAGGUGUUACAGGCCCGGAAGAAGAACACUAGCACUGAGCUUUCUAUUGAGCCUGAAAAGCCAGCUUCAGAUAAAAAUGGUGUCACCUUUUCGGGAUUCUCAGGUGAUCAGUUUGAAAUUCAGCUAAACCAGCAACUUCGGUCUCUCAUCCCCAACAAUGAUGUGAGAAGGCUCAUUUCUCAUGUUAUUCGGACUUUGAAAUUGGACUGCUCUGAGCCCUAUGUGCAACUGGCCUGUGCCAAGCUCAUCUCCAGAACAGGCCUCCUGAUGAAGCUUCUCAGUGAGCAGCAAGAAAUCAAGGUGUCCAAGGCCGAAUGGGAUACGGACCAGUGGAAAACUGAGAACUAUAUCAAUGAGAGCACAGAAGCCCAGGGUGAUAACAAAGAGCAUGAGGAGACAAGUGAGCUCACAAAAGGAGUCCCGGGAUAUGGUUAUAACAACAAACUCAUCUUGGCAAUAUCUGUGACUGUAGUGGUGAUGAUUUUGAUUAUAAUUUUCUGUCUGAUUGAGAUUUAUUCCCAUAAAACAGCAUCACAAGAUGAUGAAGAAAAGUCCUCAAGGAGCUUUUUCGGGUUUCUGUGUAGGAGAAGCUCAACGGAAAGUGAAAAUCAGGAGGGCUUUUUCUGGUUAAGGCGGCCACUUUGGCUUAGGGAUAUGUACAGACCUCUCAAUGCCACACGUAAGAAAAACAUGGCACAGAAGCUACAUGACAAGGACUCCUCUGAUGAGGAUGAGAUUUUCAAUAAGGAUGCUGGGGAUGAAGCCCCAUCACAGACCUCUGCUCCUCCUGAGGGUGGUGAAGAGGGCGGAGUGUAAAUCUGUCUUGCCUCAAGCGACUGGCAAAUUUUAUUUUCUAAUAUUGGCUUCUCAUCAGUGCUUGUAAAAUACUUAUUUUUUCUCAUAUUAAAAGGUACAAAAUUCACAACCAAUCCUAGCCAUGUGGUAAAAAGUAMCAUGUAAGUAGUUAAAUAUGUGUGUAUAAACAACAAGGGCAACAAGGGCAUAGGCAAGAAGAGCUGUUCUAGAGCUAGAAUCCUCUAUGGCAGCCAUGCUUCUGUAAGAGGCAGUGUGUGUGCAGAGUUGGAAAGAGCUUCUAGGCCUCAUGCCCCAGUGUAAAUAAUCAUCUUCAGAGGGCAGAAAACACAUCAUCUUCAAGGAGUGUGGAUUUCUAAAUAAAAUACCAGUUGUUCUGGUGCACUCUUUCUGGUUCAAGAACCAAUCGUUUGAAACAUAGUUGACCUCAUGCCCAUGAAGAUCUUCCACCUUCCGGCCACUCUCAUCAGGUAUUGGGGUUGCCAGRAUAUUUGAAUCAUUGAACUUGCUGCACUGUGGGGCCAAGCUGUGCUUUUCAUCCCAAGCCUUCAAAUCAUGUGCAAAUAUAUACCCUGUCUUCGUAGGGGAUUCUCCACCCUUUAAAAGCUGGUAGAAAAUUAAUAUUGGUUUAUUGGUUUUUCAUUUUUAAAAUGUUGACCCUUGGACAUCUAGCAGGAUGGGRUAAAGAACAUGCGAGAGCAGUAAUUUCCCUAGAUUUUCCUCCUUGAGCUUUUAUUUUGGAAAACAUGUAUAGAGCUACUUCUCCAUUCAUAUGGACUGCAUCAGCCUCUCCUGACCCCACUUAGGGUCACAUGUGUACUCAGCUCCCUUCAACUCCAUCCAACCCCAAACCUACCCACUUCCUGCCUCAUCCAGCACCAUCCACAACUACAGGAUUACAAGUGAUAAUUUGCAAAAGAUGCAAGCAUUCCUCCACUCCCAUCUGUAACAACAAAGUUGGUAAUAAAUCACAUUUAGUGAUACC